AUGUCGGUUAUUAGUGACCCUACUGAGCAGUACAACUUGAUUACCAAGAACUUGCAAGAAGUUUUAAAUGGAGCUAUUAUCAAGAACGUGUUAGAAAAUGAAAAAAGACCGCUUAAGAUCUACUGGGGGACAGCGCCAACUGGGAAACCACACUGUGGGUACUUUGUGGGUAUGCUUAAGUUAGCACACUUCUUAAAGGCUGGGUGUGAAGUGAAGGUUCUUUUGGCAGACUUGCAUGCGUUUUUGGAUAAUAUGAAGGCACCAUUAGAGGUUGUCAACUACCGUGCCAAGUACUACGAAUGUGUUGUGAAGGCUAUUUUGAAGUCUAUCAACGUUCCAAUCGACAAGUUGAUCUUUGUGGUUGGUUCUUCGUACCAAUUGACGGCCGAAUAUACUAUGGAUAUUUUCAGAAUGUCCAACAGUGUUUCGCAAAACGAUGCUAAGAGGGCAGGUGCUGACGUUGUCAAGCAGGUUGCUAACCCAUUGUUAUCAGGAUUGAUCUACCCAUUGAUGCAAGCCUUGGAUGAAGAGUAUUUGGGGGUUGACGCCCAAUUCGGUGGUGUUGACCAGAGAAAGAUUUUCGUGUUGGCCGAAGAAAACUUACAGAGUAUCGGAUACAAGAAGAGAGCGCAUUUAAUGAACCCAAUGGUUCCAGGGUUGGGACAAGGUGGUAAGAUGAGUGCGUCUGAUCCAAACUCCAAGAUCGACAUUUUGGAAGAUCCAAAGCAAGUGAGAAAGAAGGUCAACAGUGCGUACUGUGCCCCUGGUGAAAUCGAAAACAACGGGUUAAUUGCUUUCAUCGAGUACGUAAUCCAGCCAAUCCAAGAGUUAAAGGCCGAAAAGGACGGCGUCUUCAAAUUGGACAUCGACAGACCAGAGAAGUACGGAGGCCCAAUUUCGUACGACUCGAUCGACGAAAUAAAGGCCGAUUUCGCUUCCGAAAAGUUGUCUCCUGUCGACUUAAAGUCUGGUGUUGCCGAAAAGAUCAUAGAAUUAUUGGCUCCUAUUAGAGAAUCCUUCGAAGCUUCAGAAGAAUUUAAGGAAGCUCAAGCAAAGGGUUACCCAGUCGAACAACCUAAAUCGGAAAAGAAAGUCAAAAAACAGAAAAAUAAGGGUACAAGAUACCCAGGUGCCGGUAAUACUAAGGAAGGCGAUAAUGUUUCCAAAGUGUCCGAACAAUUGGAAUCAACUAACAUAGAGUAG